CACAGACGUUUACUUACUUGUUGAGGGUUCAGCAAGACCCAUUGGGUUUAAGACGAGCGCCGCAAUCGUAGCGUCAAAUCGAGCGCCGACGGAGCGACCAUGACUGACCAGAGUAACAACCCCCAUGACGGAGAAGAUUCCGACGAGGUCAACCCCUUCACAAUGCUCCUCCGAAGUGAAGAAGGCAACAACGAAUCAGUUCCUCUUCAAAAUCAACUCUACAAUCUGCAAUCAAUCCAGUCCGCCAUAUCCAUCAGGCAGCUCCCUUCUCAAGGCCUUUCCUUCCAGCUCUGGCCCGCCGCCGCCACUCUCGUUAACCUCCUCGACGGCCGCUUUCACCUUCACCCUAGCCUCUCCGCCUUCCUCGCGGGAAAGCGCGUCCGUAUACUGGAGCUCGGUUCCGGCACUGGCGUGGUGGGAAUAGCCGCGGCGGCGACACUGGGGGCUAGCGUUACCGUCACGGAUCUCCCUCACGUCCUCCCCAACAUUCAAUUCAACGUUGACCUAAACUCCGGAGUCCUGGAAAACAACGGCGGCGCUGUUGACGUGGCGGCUCUUUCCUGGGGGGAAAUGAAGGACAUGGAAGCCAUUGGGAGAGAGUAUGAUCUAUUGCUGGGAUCUGAUGUAGUGUAUCACGAUCAUCUCUAUGAUCCUCUGCUCAAAACUCUGAGAUUCUUCCUGUUAGGCGGCGAAAGGAAGACGGCGUUCGUAAUGGCUCAUCUGAGGAGAUGGAAGAAGGAAUCGGCGUUCUUCAAGAAGGCUAAAAAGGUGUUUGAUGUUGAGAUCAUACAUAACGAUCCUCCAUUGGAUGGAUCUCGUAUUGGCGUCGCUGUUUACCUGUUCGUCGCAAAGUCCAUUGACAAAUGAUCAUCGUCGCUAUUUACAUUUUCGUCUCAAAAACUUGUUUGAUUUGAUUGCAACUCUAAGUUCUAUCAGUCUUUGAAGCCGUAGACAAUGAUGAUCUUAAAACUGAAAAAGAAAAAAGGAUUCCUCUCAAGAAAUUAUAUACAUGUUCUGCCGCAAUGCAAUGCGGCAACUAUCUGUUGUCCUUUGAAA